AUGGCAUCUGGACGAAUUUUAUUUCAAAAUAAAUAUCGAGCUGCAGCAGCAGUACGUUUUAAACAACGUUAUUGUAAUGUACAACGCUCACUUUCUAAUGAUGAUCUAUCAGCCGAGUUGUCACAUGGUGAGACAAAUGGCAAUCCGCGUCAACGUGCACGUCAUUCAAAUUGGUCUAGUUUAGGAAGUCUUAAUAGUUUUGGUGAUUCAACAACAACUCCGCCAUCGUCACAAGGUCACAAUGGUAGUGGUGCAAGUAACGGAGAUGCUAGCGGUGCCAGUGCACCAAAACGUGAAACACUACAUAGUCGUUUUGACUUUAAACAAACAUUAGGCAAAGGUACAUAUGGUAAAGUCAAAUUAGCUGUCGAUAAACGUAACAAUGAACAAGUAGCAAUUAAAACAAUAAAAAAAUCACGCAUAGAAAAUCCACAUGAUUUGGCUAGAAUUCGACGUGAAAUCGAUUUUAUGACAAGUCUUAAUCAUCCAAAUAUUAUUAAAAUAAAAGAAGUUUAUGAAAGUCGUGAAAAAAUUAUUCUUGUUAUGGAAUAUGCUAAGGGCGGUGAACUAUACGAUUAUCUUAAUCGUAAGAAACGCAUACCGGAAUCUCAGGCACGAUCAAUAUUUCGACAAAUCGUAUCAGCUGUUCAUUUUCUCCAUAAAAAUCAUAUUGUUCAUAGAGAUCUCAAAUUAGAAAAUAUUUUAAUUGAUGACAAAAACGAUAUUAAAUUAGCUGAUUUUGGCUUGAGCAAUAGUUGGUCACAUCGUCAAUUAUUACAUACAUUUUGUGGAUCUCCACUUUACGCCUCGCCAGAAAUCGUCUCUGGCACACCGUACAAAGGUCCAGAAGUCGAUUGUUGGUCAUUGGGCGUUUUGCUCUAUACACUAAUCUUUGGUACAAUGCCUUUUCAAGGCGGUGAUUAUAAUCGAUUAGUACGAAAUAUAACGACGGGAAACUUUAUUCAACCUCGUGAGCAUUCAGGCGCACUCGAUUUGAUACGUAAAUGUCUCACUGUAUCAUCAAGAAAACGUUUCAAUAUUGACGAUAUUGCUAUGCAUGAAUGGAUUAACGUUGGUUUUUCAUGUCCACCUGCAGAUGUUUCUAUUGUGACGAAAAUGGAAAAGUAUAGUAAUAUGAAAGUACCACGUGGAUCACGAUCUAAAUCCAAUGAUGCACCGAAAACAAUGUCACUAACGUCAAGUGCUAGAUUGAAAAGUGUUCAAGCAUCUGUACCUAUGUAUUCUAUAGCUAAUGAUGGCCCUUCGUUUAUUCUGCCUCAAUCAUCACUAUCAAAAGGAUAUGAAACACAAAAGGAAUCAAAAUUGAAAUCGAUAACCAAUGAAAAUACUCAAUUUAAAGUAUCGAAUCGAUUAAAAGACAAUAAAACAACAAAAACUAAAAAAACUGAAUCAUUGAAAUGGAAUCAGCCCAAUAAAACGAUACCUUCUCCUAAUAAAUUCUAUGGUGCUCUUUCACUGAUACGAUAUUGCUUGACACCUGAUGCUAGUCUUCGUGCUACAACAAGAGAUAUUCUUCGUCAUGAAUGGUUAGCCACUGGACCGGUUCUUUCUUUACAUCUUAAUUCAACAACAACAACAACAACAACGACACCAACAACACCAACAACACCAACAACACCAACACCAACAUCUUUGUCACGUGUUCAUCAACCAUUGCAGAAAGAAGAUCAUGAAAGAGCUCAUUCACGCUCAACAUACCAUGAGAAAUCAAUAUCACCAAGCAAUUCACUUGCUGAACUUGAACUUCAUACAAGUUCAUUUUUUGAUACGGCUAAACUACGUGACAAUAAUUUAGGAAAAAAUAUAGAACAACAACGACGUAAUCGCGUAUCAGCUAUAUCAGAUUCUACACGUUAUUAUUCAUCGAAUAAUACAAAAACAAAUGCAUCAACAUCACGACCAACUUAUCGACGACCAUUAAGUUUAUCACUGGAAGAUCAAUAUUCAGAUAGUCCCAUAGAUUAUCAUUAUGCAUCAACUAGUGAAAACCCAUCGAAAUUACCAUCAUCAUCAUCAUCACCACCACCACAACCACCACCACCACCAUUAUUAUUAACGACACAACCAUAUACUCGUCGGUCUCGAAGAACAGUUUCGCCUACAUCAACAAAAUCAGCAACAACAUACGGUACCAAUGAUCGAGUGACUUCGCCACCAGCGACUCAUCGCUAUUCACUAGCAACAACACAUGAAAUAAGACCAUCAACAUCACCGAUAAACCCAUCAAAAUAUCUUGUCUCAUAUGAUUUUGAUUCAACAUUACGUGAUCUUAAACGUAAACCUGUUAUUAAACAUGCACCAACAAUGAUACCGCCAACAUCUGAACUCAAUGUUGUACCAAGUCUUUCAAAUUCAACAACACCUAUUGCACCAUCUGUAUUUACAACAUCGGCUAUUAAAUUUGCUUCACCACCUAUUCGACGCAUCAGUCCCAUUAAUAAUCAGGAAACGAAUGCUAACACUUCCCUAUUGAGCACUGGGCGACUAUUAAAUAAUUCAAUAUCUAAUCCAAUUUCUAACAUUGAUAAUAGUAUCAAUACAGCUAUUACUAAUAAUAAUCGUCAUGCAUUAUUAACUUCAUUUGAAACAAAUAAUUUACGGAAAAGUCGUUUACUAGAUGAUAACAAUAAUUUGAUAUCGUUGAGGGUGCACGAUUAA